GCUGGGAUUAUAGACGUGAGCCACCGCACCGCACCCAGCCUUGUUUUUUUUUUUUGAGUCAGAGUCUCACUCUGUAGCACAGGCUGGAGUGCAGUGGCGUGAUCUUGGCUCAUGACAACCUCUGCCUCCUGCAUUCAAGCAAUUCUCCUGCCUCAGCUUCCUGAGUAGCUGGGAUUACAGGCAUAAACCACCGCUCUUGGCCUUUCUUGAUCUCUUUUAAACUUCACCCUGACCUUGUGACAUGAAGCAGUGUUUCAUAUUUUACAGAUGGGGGAAACUGGGGCUUGGUGUUCCACAGCUAGAAAGUGGCAAGGCUGGACCUUUUGCUCUUGAGCCCAGUGCAGGAUUCUCACUGAUAGGCUGGAGGAGCUUUGGGGAAGGGAGGGAGGCUGGGAUGUUUCCGAUGGGAACAGCCUGGGCAUGGUGUAUUCUGGGACCAAAGGGAAUGUCACCAGACUGGCCAGGUCAGAGUGCAGAGUAUGGAUGGGUAGUGUAGCAGCAGUGGGGAUGGAGCAUGGACGAGAACCUCGGGCUCAUUAGGUGAGAGAAGGAUGAGUGUCUUACUCCUUUUUUGGGUUUGGGAGAAUCCCACGUGGAUUACCUGCAUUGACUGUGUCGACGUUAAGUGACUGAGGUGUGUAAGUUACUUCAGGGCAGUGUGAAAUCAAAGUUCUCAGUGGCCAGUUUCAGGCUGGAACUGGGCAGGCAAGUGCAGAGGGACUGGGGGUACUUGGCCUUGGGCUGGGCAGGAGGGAUAAAUACCUGGCACAGAUCUAGACUUGAAGGGCAUGCCCCAUGCCCCCAAGUGUCUGGUUGGGAUGCCAGUGUCAGUCUUGUUAGAUUUUGUGGGUGCUGCGGUGGUAGGGGUGGCGGCUCUGGCCUUAGCAUCCAAGGCUGGUGCCCAAAUUUUGUUCCUUGGCCAUUGGCUGCUCAGUGACCUGCCUUAUUCCUGAGUCUGGGGCAGCCCCAGGUUGGCUGCAGGAGGCUGGCUUGCCAGAAGUAAGAGAGCCUCGGUGUGGCAAGGCACAGUGGCUCAUGCCUGUAAUCCCAGCACUUUGGGAGGCCAAGGUGGAUGGAUCAUUUAAGGUCAGGAGUUCGAGACCAGCCUGGCCAACAUGGUGCAACCCUGUCUCUACUAAAAAUACAAAAAUUAGCUGGGCAUGGUGGCGGGUGCCUGUAAUACCAGCUACUCAGGAGGCUGAGGCAUGAGAAUCGCUUGAACUCGGGAGGCCAAGAUUGCAGUGAACUGAUAUUGCACCACUGGACUCCAGCCUGGGAACAGAGCGAGACUUUGUCUUUGAAAAAAAAAAAAAAUAGCCAGUUGUGGUGGCACACUCCUGUAAUCCCAGCUACUCAGGAGGCUGAGGCAUAAGAAUUGCUUGAACCCAGGAGGUGGAGGUUGCAGUGAACUGAGCUUGCACCACUGGACUCUAGCCUGGGCAAUAGAGCGAGACUCAGUUUCUAAAUAAAUAAAUAAAUAAAUAAAUAAAUAAAUAAAUAAAUAAAAUAGAACCGUUGGGGUCAAUGGACUUCUGCCACCUUUGAUUCACACCUGUAGGAAUCAAAUGGACUUCUGCCACCUUUGAUUCACACCUGUAGGAGUCUGAAGUGGCCAGGGAGAGGGUAGUGGAUCUUUAUUUACUGUGUGUGUAGGACCUUUAUAGACCAUAACCAUAAAUACAAAACCCCGAAAAAGCUAUCAGAAACUUUUCAGGCAUUUGCAGAAAAAUCCACUUUAUCCAGUGCAAUAUCACCUGGAAAUUUCAAUUAAACAACCUUCAUCAACAGUAACCGCUGGUUGGUCAGCCAUCGGCCGGGUUGGCCAGCAUUCCACCAAUAAGAAUUCCUGGUUAGCCGGCACUCCACCAAUCACAGCCCUUGGUUAGCUCCUAUUCCACCAAUCAGAAGCCCUGGUUAGCACGCAUUCUAUUAAAGGACUCUGUCGGCUGGUACUUCCAGGGCAAUUUAGGUGAGUUAUUAAUUGAGGGUCUUGGUGGCAGAUUCAGGUCCCCCACCAGGGACUGUAGCUUUGGGGUGAAAUUUGCUUUAUUGUUUUUUUUUUUUUUUUUCCUGAGACUGAGUUUCGCUCUUGUUACCCAGGCUGGAGUGCAAUGGCGCGAUCUCGGCUUACCGCAACCUCCACCUCCUGGGUUCAGGCAAUUCUCCUGCCUCAACCUCCUGAGUAGCUGGGACUACAGGCACGCGCCACCAUGCCCAGCUAAUUUUUUUAAUUUUUAGUAGAGAUGGGUUUCACCAUGUUGACCAGGAUGGUCUUGAUAUCUUGACCUCUUGAUCCACCCGCCUCGGCCUCCCAAAGUGCUGGGGUUAUAGGCGUGAGCUUCCGGCCUGCUUUAUUGGAUUUAAGAAAGUGCUUAACCUAAGUUAAGCACUAGGUUAGCCAGCAGCUGUUUUCUGAGUCAGGAGACUGGGCUGAUGGCUUUAGAGAGGACGGAGGCAGGAGAAGCUGUGCUGGCAGAUUCUGGUGCAGAGGAGGAGGCGACACAGGCUCCUGAUCCCAACCCCAGCACCUCUUCCUGUGGAACGUCCGGCUGGGGUUUUCGGGACUGGGCCUCCUUUGACCUCCCCAGUUAGUGGGCUGCCUUGUGGGUAAGGGAAAGAAGAGGCUGAGGGUCAGCUCCUAAGAGCAGAGUUGUUGGUGGGACUUGGGCCGGAAGGUGCAGGAGGGUGCAUUUGUUCGCACCCUGCCCUGCCCUACUGCUGGGUGUGACCCUGGACAAGUCACUUGUGGGCUUGGUCCCGUGUGUGUUCAGAAGGGCAGGAGUGAUGGCUGAGCCUGCAGUCACACCCCCUGCUUCUGGUAAUUGGCGGGCUGUGUGAAGUAGGGGUCACUAGAGGCGCUUCAGUGGGUGGGGCAGGGGAGUUUUGGCGUCUACAGGUGCCUGCUGUGCCGGGUCUUGCUGCUUGACCUUGGGAGUAUCACCUCCCCUCCCGGGACCCUACACUGCUUGCUCACUGUAAUGUCAGCUGCCAUUGGGUUUCUGUGAGAAUCAGGCAGGGAAAAAUGUGAACGAGGUCUGUGAAUAAUAAAAAGAGUUACACGAUUACAGUGCUUUCUGAAUGCCUGGUCCUUGGUUGGUUUUUUUUUUUUUUGAGACAGGGUCUCACUCUCUUGCCCAGGCUGGAGUUCAGUGACAUGAUCACAGCUCACGGCAGCCUCAACCUCCUGUGCUUAUUCCAUCCUCCCACCUUAGCCUCCUGAGUAGCUGGAACAAUAGGCACAUGCCACCAUGCCUAGCUGAUUUCUUAAUUUUUUUUGUGGUAACGGGGUCUCACUAUGUUGCCCAGGCUGGUCUUGAACUCUGGGGCUCAAGCGAUCCUUCUGCCUUGGCCUCCCAAAGUGCUAGGGUUAGAGGUGUGAGCCACCGUGCUGGGCCUGGUCCUCUCUUUUACAGGGAUAACUGUCAUCUGCUGGUCGGGGCAUCUGGCUCUGUGGGAUGGUCAGCGCUCAUUCUGCUCUAUGGCCUGACACCUUCUCUGGGGUCAGGGUUCAAGUUCCAGCACUUGCUGCAGCUGAUCCCUACCCAAGCCUCUGUGCCCCCCUCUUUACACAGGAGUCUUCAGGCCAUCUGACUCAGGAAGACUGUGACAAUUCAGUGAGAAAAUUCUAGCCAAAAACUUAAAGAAAAGAUGUGUUCCUCUGUUGUGCACCCUCCAGGAGGGCCAGCUCUCCCUUUUCCCCCCAGGUCCUGGUCAGCUCUGACUUUUGGACUUUGCCAGGAGGGGCCAGGGGCUGGGUGAGCAGGGGUCUCUCCCCACGUCUCUCCUGUGGGAAUGGCGAUGGCCCCAGAUCGCACUUACCCUGUGUUGUGGCUUCCUAUGGACAUCUCUUCCCACUUCUUACCUGCAAAGAGCCCCAGCUUUAAGCCACCACUGCAGAGCAGUCCUAGUCCCCUUGGCCUGCUGGCCUCUCAGAGAUGGUGUAGUCUGAGGCUGUGCCAGACCUGGGAGCCUGGACUCCACCCCAAGGAUGGGCCACACACAGCUGUGCAGCAGGCCUACCCUGGUGCCCUUGUCACCCCCACUGCAGGCAGGGGAAGUGGGAGAAGAGGGCACUGACAUCCAGCUGACUGACCCUCAAACCAUGCCCCUCCCUGCUCUGAACCCUAAAGUCUCCCAUGGAAAGUGGGGGGCCUGGGCCCCCUUUGCCACACUGACAUUUCAAGGCCUUGUGAGUGACUUACACCCUGGGGACAGGCUGUGGGACUUUGGGUCCUCAUGGAGGAGGGGCUUGGCUUGAUGAGGCCGGAAGGAGGCUGAUUUGCAUCCAGGCUCCAGUCGCCCACCUCUCUGUUGGGAGAGGAAGCCCAGACCGAGGAAGGGGCAGGGAUUUGUCCAGGGUCCCACAGGGAGCCAAGGCUGGACAGAUGGGCAGGAUGGGUGGGGCCAGGAAGGCCACGGCUGUUUCCAGCUGUUGGAGAUGUGCUUUCUCCUUGGUCCGUGCAAACUCUUUUCCGCCUGCCCAUUGGCGUAGGGGCCACAGCAGGGGAGUUAAGACUUGGCAGCCCCUUGACCCCAGACUGUCCCCGCCAAUGGAGCAAGAGCUGCUCAGAGCCAUUUCCCUGUUCUCCCAGAUUCAAGGGCGUGAGCCCCUUGGCCCAGUCCUGGAACCCGGCACCCCGGGAGGGCCCCUCAGGAAGAGGCCGGGGCUGCGGCUUCGGGUGGGGCCGGCGGCCUCUGCUGGGAGCCCAGCAUCUGGAAGCCAUCAGGGCAGGGGCGGGGGAAGUUGCAGGGGAGGUCCAGGGAGGGAGACAGGCCUCCUCCAGGCCACACACAGGCCCAACCCUCGGGAGCGUGGCCUUGGGCCCACAACCGCUGCCUCUGCCCCAUGGCCCGCAGCCCCGCCCUCUGGCGCGCACGCCCCGCCCCCGCAGGAAGCCCCGCCCUCUUCCCCAGGGCUGCCUUCUCACUCCACCGGCCGCUGCUCCUGCAAGGCCUUGCCAACAUUCCACUGACCCCAGAGACCCAGCGGGACCAGGAGCGGCGGAUUCGACGGGAGAUCGCCAACAGCAACGAGCGGAGGCGCAUGCAGAGCAUAAACGCCGGCUUCCAGUCUCUCAAGACCCUCAUCCCCCACACAGACGGAGAGAAGCUUAGCAAGGCAGCCAUUCUCCAGCAGACAGCCGAGUACAUCUUCUCCCUGGAGCAGGAGAAGACCAGGCUCUUGCAGCAGAACACACAGCUCAAGCGCUUCAUCCAGGAGCUGAGCGGCUCGUCCCCCAAGCGACGGCGGGCAGAGGACAAGGACGAAGGCAUCGGCUCUCCGGACAUCUGGGAGGACGAGAAGGCGGAGGACCUGCGGCGGGAGAUGAUUGAGCUUCGGCAGCAGCUGGACAAGGAGCGCUCGGUGCGCAUGAUGCUGGAGGAGCAGGUGCGCUCGCUGGAGGCCCACAUGUACCCAGAAAAGCUCAAGGUGAUUGCGCAGCAGGUGCAGCUGCAGCAGCAGCAGGAACAGGUGAGGCUGCUGCACCAGGAGAAGCUGGAGCGGGAGCAGCAGCAUCUGCGGACCCAGCUCCUGCCCCCUCCCGCCCCCACCCACCACCCCACAGUGAUCGUGCCGGCACCGCCUCCCCCUCCCUCCCACCACAUCAACGUUGUCACCAUGGGCCCCUCCUCAGUCAUCAACUCUGUUUCCACAUCCCGGCAAAAUCUGGACACCAUUGUGCAGGCAAUCCAGCACAUCGAGGGCACCCAGGAAAAGCAGGAGUUGGAGGAGGAGCAGAGGCGAGCUGUCAUCGUAAAGCCGGUCCGCAGCUGCCCAGAGGCCCCCACCUCUGACACUGCCUCCGACUCUGAGGCCUCAGACAGUGAUGCCAUGGACCAGAGCCGGGAGGAACCGUCAGGGGACGGGGAGCUUCCCUGACUACCCCCCCAGCCCUCCUCUCCCUUCUGGGGGCUCGAGGGAGCCGGGGCAGCCACAGGAAGAGAGGAGGGUGAAUGAGUGAGAAAUUUUUACAAAAUUACAAUGUUAUUUGGGUCUCUUUUAUGACCUCUUUUUCAAUACUGUAAAUCAACCUUUGAACGAAGCCACUCAACCCGAGGUCCCAGGGCUGGGGUGGCUCAGAGCGUGUGGGAGCAUCGGGACCCCAGGGCUGGGCCUCGGCCCCGGGGGCUGGGGGAAGCUGACACAGAGGUGCCUGCCUCUCUCUGCCAAAAAGCAUUUUUUCCUUUAAACAUGUUUUUUAAGAACAGGGAAAAUCAAACAGAACCCCAAGUUAUUUCUUCCCUGCCCAGAGCCAGCCUGGGAUUGUCAGUCUUCAUCCCCUUUCCCUCCUCUUUUUGGGUUUUCUUCUUUCUCCUUCAAGCACUUACAUGGGUUGGGGGUCAGACUGGGCUGGGGCGUUCUGGGGGCCCAGGGGUCUCCGUUGCUUCUUGGUUGGGGUUUGCUGCUGCUCUGCUCCCCUCCCCCUCCCCGUCUCGGCACUAGAAUUCUCCACUCUCCCACCCCCCAGCCUCCACCUCUGCCUCCGGGUCUCAUCUUCCACCCCAAAAAUGUCUUCGUCUCUUUCCUUUUGUUUUGUUUGUUGUUGGUAUUUUGCUUUCUGUUUUUGUUAUGUUUUUCUUUUUUUUUUUUUUUUUUUUACAAUUUUGAGGUCUUCGUGUUCAAGGAGAAGCUAUUAUAUUUUGUUAAGAAAGUGGGGAGAAAAAACCAAGAGGCCACCGUGCCUUUGUAAAGAAACAAAAUAAAGUUUGUACUUUGUUUUUUA